AUGCUUCCCUGGGCUCUCCUUGCCCUCGUCCUGGUUAGCGUUUCACCAACAUCCGCUGUCGAUGAGAACCCGUCUACGAAUACUCAGUCGCUGCUAUGGGGCCCCUACCGGCCGAACGUCUAUCUAGGUCUCCGUCCCCGGGUGCCCAAAAGUGUCAUUGCGGGUUUAAUGUGGGCGAGACUAGAGGACGUUGGGACGAGUAAAUGUGCAGCACUACGGCAUAAUGUAAACCAAAGCGAAGAAAUCGCACGAUAUGGCUGGACUACAUACGACACACGAAAGGGUGGCCAGCAAGUCAUAGAAGAUGAUGGCAAUAAGGUCAACAUCACGACAGAAUUCAUAAAGUAUUCAGAAGGGCAGCACCAGGGUAAUUGGGGCUUGAGGAUUAAGGGAAUGCCGAGAUUCGAUGCGCCUCCUGAAUUGAAGACAACCGUCAUCUUCUACCUGGGCAUGGAAGAGAAAGAAGCGUGUACCUAUUGCAGGUUAGAUGCUCGCCAACAGCUCGGAGAGGGCGAGGAUACAUCUAUCCAUGCCGUGAACAUGAACCUUGUUCACCCAAAACUAGGCGCCUCUGGAAUACACAUUCCCGUUCCCAUUAACAGCGAUGGACACCGUGAGAUAGCAUUCGUCAAGUCGCUGAAUGUGACAGAGGACCGAUUGUGGCAGGCCAAAUCCACUUUCUUGGAUACCCUGAAAGACCAAACAAAGGACCGAAAGGAGCCUGGACCGACCGAUAUUGUGAUUCAUAAUGCAGCAGGUGCAGGCAACCUGCAUUUUGUGCAGAUGGUUCUUCAUGGAGAGUUUGAGUUUGAUAUUCUCUAUUCCACCGAAACAGCAAAACGUACUAUGACCUCCGCGAGUCUCACCACAGACCUAGAGAAAGCUAUGCAAACGUUUGGCAAGAACUUCCUUUCAAUCUUCAAUCCAAUGCCACCUUUCAAGACCUUUGAGCAUCUGAGUUUCUCCAAAAGCGUCUUCUCUGAUCUGCUGGGCGGCCUGGGAUAUUUCACUGGUAGCUCCAAAGUCGUCACAGCGAAAACGGCCAUCUACGCCGAGACCACGGCUAACUUCUGGGAAAAGUCCGCAGAUGCGAACAAACACAUAACGCCAGAGACAAAAGGUCCCUAUGAGCUUCUCACGCAUACGCCAUCCCGUGCAACAUUCCCACGAGGCUCUCUAUUUGACGAAGGCUUCCAUCUCCUUCUCGUACUCGAAUGGGACGCAGACCUCGCACUGGAAGUAAUGCGUGACUGGCUCUUCCUAAUGGAUGACGACGGCUGGAUCGCACGAGAGCAAAUCCUAGGCUCAGAAGCCGAAGCCUCUACGCCCCCAGAAUCCAUCAAUCAGUUCCCGCACAUUGCCAGUCCCCCAACAAUGUACCUCGUCAUUUCGAAAUUCGUAAAGAUGCUCAGGGGCACAAUCAAGUACCACGGCCGCGAAUCAGUCUACCUCUCUAAACCCGAAACCGGCAAAGCCCUCGUAAUCAGAAUGCAACCCCUCCUCAAACGCCACUACGAAUGGUUCAGAAAAUCGCAAUCAGGAGACGUAGAAGCCCACUCCAUUCCGUCCGCCAACCUAAACGAAGGCUACCGCUGGCGCGCCCGAACCCCAGGCAAGAACACCGCCAGCGGCCUAUCCGACUACCCACGCGCCGAACCUCCAGACCUCACCGAACUGCACCUCGACGCCCUAUGCUGGGUCGGCGUCAUGGGCCGCACUCUCGAGCAAAUCGCCUUCUUCACCGAAAACGCGCACGACGCAUUUACCUACCAAAAGCACGUCCGCAGCAUAAAACGCAACAUCGACACGCUCCACUGGUCACCCUCAGCUUCCCUCUACUGCGACACCGUCGUCCGAAACGCCAAACACAGCUUCACCUGCCACAAAGGCUACAUCGCUCUCUUCCCCCUCCUAACCGGGCUGCUCGACCCUUCCCACCCCCAUCUCCCUGCCGUCAUCGAUUUACUGAGAGACCCAACGCAUCUCUGGAGCCAACAAGGGAUCCGCAGUCUAAGCCCGCAAGACCCAGCGUACGCUACCGAAGAAAACUACGCGCGCUCCCCUAUCUGGGUGAAUUUCAACUACCUCCUCCUAGACCAACUCUUGCGUCUUGCCCAAACGAAAGGACCGGAACAAGGGAGGGCGAGGGAUACAUACAUCCUGCUUCGCAAAAAUGUGGUCAAAACGGUGUUUAAAGCAUACCGUGAGACGGGCUUCGUCUGGGAGCAAUAUGAUUCCGCGAGCGGAAAGGGGGUGCGUGCGCAGGGGUGGACGGGGUGGACGGCACUCGUGGUGCUGGUUAUGAGCAUGCCGGAUUUGGAGUCGCAGCAAGGGGUUGGGGGGCAGGUUAAGGGGUAUGUGGAGGAGGUUAGGAAGCAGGCGGUGGAACAUCCACGGGUGGAUGUGGGAGGUGUGGUGCUGGUUUGCGGGGUGAUGGUGUUUUUGUAUGUGACUAGGAGGAGAUUUGCGGGGACGUUGAGGGGGUUGAGGAGGAAUUGA